AUGGACGCGCCCGACGAACGAUUUUACGGCAACCAAACACCGGACCGUUCCGACACGAACAGUCCACGCUCGCAGAUGAGCAGCCCCAAUUCUAGCUCAUCUAUAAACGUGACAGAUCAAUCAAUAACGUUAUCACAACACCAACAAAACUUAGAGACGCUAAAUAGAAUGGGAAUGUUUUUUCACGCACAGCAAAUACAACAUUUGAAUCAGAGUUUCGAUGCAGUGAAGUCUAGAUUAGGCUUGACUCAAGUGCCUACGAGUGUGAAUCAGGGUCCGAGGCAUACAAUAGACGCUAUAUUAGGACUGAACGGACAGAGGCAGGUAUCUCGAGUGCAGGGUGAAUUUGAGCAACGGAGAGAUGAGCGGGAGUGUGAAACUGUGCCAGUGUCACCGGGAGCUGUGGAGAGUGCUGGUAUGUUGAAUUAA